AUGUAUCCUAGACAACAAAUAGAUAACAAUUUUCUCAAUAUACCUUCAAUCGUAACAUCUCCUUCCAUCCCAACUUCGGCUUCCGAGUCUUUUCUUUUCAAUUUCCAGCAAGAGCCUCUAACCAGUCCUAUCUCUCAAGCAAUUUCUGCACCCGUUACUCCUACCAACAGUGUUACACCAGGCUUUCCCUCGCAUCCUCCUAGAAGAAAAGGUAAUCAAAAUAAUAGUACCUCUAAUGAUGGAAAAAUUAAUGGCUCAAAGAGUAACAGUAAUCUCGCACAUAUCCCGUGCAAAUUCUUCAAAAGUGGCGCAUGUACCGCUGGAAAAAAUUGCGUGUUUUCGCAUAGUAAAGAUCCUUCAGCUGAUAACUACGUGUGCAAAUACUUUUUGAAAGGAAACUGUAAAUAUGGAAACAGGUGUGCUCUUUCUCAUAAUUUACCUAAUGGUAGUUCAAAAAUCAAUGGCAGGAGCAGCAAGAAUGGUAGUAACGUGAACGGAUCGAGGAAUGGCAUUUCAAACAAUAGUAUUCCGGAAAUUAGAUCUCCAAUUAUGCACCCUCAAUAUAGUCAGGAUGAUUAUCAACCUUUGAAUUCUCCUGGCAUCCCUUUUACUCGCAUUCCUAUUAGUCCUUCUGAAUAUCAUAAUAACAAAACUUUCAGUCAAUUGACCGCCUCUUUGAGCUUAAAUGAUCAACAUCAUUUUUCUGAUGAAACUCAUGCUACGCAUAGAUUACGCAAUAAUUAUAGUAAUGAUCAUUUAUCUGCUCCCGUAAACAUCAAUGGUCAACAACGCAGGUCUUUACCAGAUAUCUUUCACUUGAAUCCCGUUAAUGCGGCUGAUUCUUUCGGAACUUCUCCAUUUCAACCUGCUGGAUCAAAAUCUAUUUUCUUACCUGUUUCUUAUGUUAGCGAUAGUGGUCUGCUUUCUCCAACAAUUAAUCCUCAUCAACAACUUCAUAGUAUUCCUGAAAUCCAUGAUUAUUCUCAUCAUAAUGAACCUAUUGGUGAUGAACUAUGUGGUUACGAUUUUGAAGAAUAUAUUCCGUCUUCUUUAAAUGAACUAUUGACCCCAACUGAACGUGAAAGGCGUAAAAGUAAACAAGAAGAAGCUUCUGAAUCAACUUCAAGGCGAUUAUUCUCUGGUUCUUCAACCUUACAUCCGCAUAUUGAUGGUCCAAGUCUUUAUAAUUCUCAUGCUGAUCCUUCUCAUGUUCAUUUCGCUGCAAGAUCACUCCCUUAUGGUGUCAGCGUGGGUUUGGCUUCCAAUUAUAUGAAUCAAAAUGAUGGUCAUCAGUUAGGCCCUGGUUAUAAUGGUCAACAUCUUUUCAACCUUAAUAAUUCCGGUCAAGGCAUGAGAAAUCCUAUAUCCAUAAACACCAAUUUUGAAGAUUGGAAUGAAUCAAUUUCAGUUCGCUCCCCUUUGAGUCCUGCGAAUUCUAUGCACAAUCAAUUCCUUUCUCCCACAUAUGAACGCCAAUGCACCCCUGCAAUAAACAUACCCCAUCCUCACGAAAUUCAUUCAUCUGAUCAAAAUCAAAUAUAUAAUCAUCGUGUUCCUGUUGGUAUAAUAGGCAGUAGACCGAGCGUUCAUGACCAGGCAACAUCUUCACCUCCAGACCCAUUCAGUCCUUUUGUUGUCAAUGACGAUGAGAUUAUUUUAUUUAGCAUGGAUAAUGACAAAAAUGAACAACUACAAGAAGUAUCUUCCUCAAAAGUACCUGAAACAUUAAAAACUCCCCUUUCUUAUUCUGAAGCCACCAAAGUAAAUUUGAAGGAUUCGGGUGCUACUCCUGGUCUCAGUAUUGACUCGAGGCGUUAUGAGCCGCUGUGCCCUUUCGGGAUGGCUGGAAACUGCCGUUAUGGUGAACGAUGCCAAUCUCUUCAUGGUUUACAAUGUCCUUCAUGCCUCAAACUUGUCUUACAUCCUCAUCUUACUCCUGAAGAACAUCAAGUCCAUAUUAAUGAAUGUUUUAGCAAACAAAUUCAAGUUACUGAUGGAAUUAGACCAGAAGACAUUGAAUGUGGAAUUUGCUUCGAAAAAGUAUUGCUUAAAGAUGAUGCUCGCUUUGGACUAUUAAAUUGUGAGCAUGCAUUCUGUCUUCAAUGCAUUCGCCAAUGGAGGUCUAGUUCUAAUUAUAACCAGAAUAAUCAAGUCAUCCGUGCUUGCCCUAUAUGCAGGACACCUAGUCAUUUCAUUACUCCAAGCACUACUUGGAUUACGGAUCAUGAAGAAAAACAAAGAAUUAUCAAUGAAUACAAACGCAAGUGCAGUAACAUUCCGUGUAAACAUUUCAAUUACGGCGAUGGUCAAUGCCAAUUUGGAUCUUCAUGUUUCUAUUCUCACGUCAACCGUGAUGGAACAAAAGGAGAGAUUAACAUUCGUACAAUCCGUAAUGGUGAAGAAGUCAAAGUCUUGGAUAAUGUCCGAUUAUGGGAUUUCAUGGAAAGUUUUGCAGACAAGCGUAAUUCAUCUGUUGUUGGUGUUACCGCCACUAUUAGUUAA